AUGCCCCUGUUCAACGCCCCCUAUCCUUCUAUUUUAACGGUUGAUGCAUCCGUUUCGGGGGAGGUGAGGACUGUUGAUGAGUCUCAUAUAAGUGGGAAAGAAAUGGUAACCUAUGUGAGUGACUCAUCCCCGUGUCCAAGGAGCAAGAAACACAGGCCGAUCGAGUCAGAAGCAGACUUGGCGGCUUUGUUAUUGGCGAAAGCCCCAUAUAGCUUAGAACAGAUUGUGCCAGCUGAGGAGGAUGUUGAUUUUGGCUAUUUCAAGCAGGUGUUGCUUGCAAACCCGAAAGUGUUGCAUUUGGGGGCAGGCAAAUAUGAUUUGGAUAAUGAAUUUUUCCUGGAGUUGGCAACCCCGAGAAAAUGGGUGUCAAGCAAGGUAUGGUAUAGGUAG